AUGCUCCCACGACUCCCUCUGCAGCGCACCAUUGCGCGAACCCUCUGCGCUCGCUCCAUCCCCGCGGCCGCCGUCUGCCGCCGCCACGCCUCCAACUUUGGCUCCGCCCCCGGCCCUCCCAAGCUGCCCGCGCAGGAGCAGGCCGAGUUUGAGCGUCUGCAGCGCCAAGCCGCCGUGUCCUCUGCCUUUCAGCCCGAGGCCGCUGCUGCGGAGACGAGCUCCGCCGCCGCGGACGCAACCACCCAGGUAACGUCCACCAGCUCCUCGGCCGUCGACUCGGAGCUCAGGGAGGGCGGCGGGCUGUACCGCGGCGCCAAGCCCGAGUUUGACGGCGACAAGAACCCGCGCACGGGCGAGGUCGGCGGGCCGAAGAAUGAGCCGCUGCGCUGGGGCAGCGGCGGCGACUGGAGCUACAAUGGAAAAGUGACGGAUUUCUAA